CUCCUCCCACUUUUGUCCUCUUUUUCUCCUGUUCCUUAGCUUCAAAGUCUUCCUUUCUUGAUCAAUCAGAUAAUCAAUCAUCGUCUCAUCAGUUUCACACCCAAAACAAAACCUAAUCUCAAACAGACCUACUCACUUCUUCAUCAAUGGCUGAUCCACAGCACUUGUACGGCAAGACUCGCCUUCCAGCAAACCUUACAAGACAGCCUGUUGGUGUUGGCCAAGCCAAGUCCUUUACUCACUUAUUCAGUAAGUUUCUUUUCUUUGCUCUCUUUCUUGUUGCUAUUCCAUUCUUCCCUUCUCAAGCUCCUGAAUUUAUCAACCAAACUAUACUCACCAAGUUUUGGGACCUUUUUCACCUUCUCUUUAUUGGUCUUGCUGUGUCUUAUGGCUUGUUUUGUCGCCGGAAUGUUGAUAUGGAUUUUGAAACUCACUCUAGUAAUGAUGAUCCACAGUCAUAUGUGUCUAGUGUUCUUCAUGUUUCAUCUAUUUUUGGAGAUGAUUCUGAUAAUUCAUAUGGGUAUGGUGACAAGAAUGUGUACCAAACUGGGUAUUCUGAUAACUAUAAAGAGGAAUUUGCUGUGAAUAGUGAACAAACCAAACCUGGAUCUUUAAAUAGUGAGAAUAAUGUAAGUCAAGCAUGGAGUUCUCAGUACUAUAGGGGUGAAUCGAUGGUUGUAAUAGAUCAACCAAAUCAUGUAUUGAAUGAAUAUGGUGAAUCUGGAUUGAUAAUAGGUCAUAAACCGUUGGGUUUACCAAUUAGGAGUCUGAGAUCAAGUAACCAAGGUAGUCCUGAGAUUAGUAAUGGAAGUGAAUCUAAUUCAAUUUCGACGGAUUUAUCAAACAGUCCUUCUAAUCAUGUGGUUAUCAAUGAAAACUUUGGUCACUUGGGUCCUUUGAACUUGGAGAAUAAGUUCAAUGAAACUGCUGGUUUAUCUUCAUCAAUUCCGUGGCGUUCCAGAUCUGGGAGAAUGGAAACCAGAGGAGAUGCAGAUAUUUCUACUCACGCUUCACACUUUAGGCCUCUCUCCGUUGAUGAAACUCAGUUUGAAUCCCUGAAAUCACAGUCCUUUUGGUCCAGUGAUUCUUACUCUUCCCAACCCUGUUCAGUAUCCAAUUCGCCAAAUAGGCUCUCUUCCUCAGGCACUCUUUCUUCAGAGUUGGAAAACUUGAAAAUGGAUAUCCGGAACUCUUAUCCUCCAACUUCCAUGCCCACAAACGGUAAGACUUCAUUGAAUGCAUUACGUAUUCGAAGAUACACUGAUGGUUCUUUGUUUGGGAAGAAUGCACGAAAAAGCUCUAAAGAUAAUUUGAAGGAUAGGAGUGGAGGCAAAAGAGAGUAUCCAUUAGGCCUUAAAGAUGAUUUGAAGGAUAGGAGUGGAAGCAAAAGAGAGGAUUCAUUACGCCUUAAAGAUGAUUUGAAGGAUAGGAGUGGAAGCAAAAGAGAGGAUUUGUUACGCCUUAAAGAUGAUCUGAAGGACAGGAGUGGAAGCAAAAGAGAGGAGUUGUUACGCCUUAAAGAUGAUUUGAAGGAUAGGAGUGGAAGCAAAAGAGAGGAUUUGUUACGCCUUAAAGAUGAUCUGAAGGAUAGGAGUGAAAGUAAAAGAGAUGAUUCAUUAGGCCUUAAAGAUGAUCUGAAGGAUAGGAGUGAAAGCAAAAGAGAGGAUGCAUUAGGCCUUAAAGAUGAUUUAAAGGAUAGCAGUGGAAGCAAAAGAGAGUAUCUAUUAGGCCGUAAUCAGUGGAGAUCGAGUUCUUUGAAAUUGGAUGAAAAUCCUACAAACCCUGUUAAAGCUUCAUCAAGGGGGAAAUCUGUUAGGACUAUCAGGACUCGUCGAUAUACAGAAGAGACAAUGAGUGUUGGAGAGAGAGAUGGGAACCACAUCAAAGGUGAGAUUGGGAAGGCAGCAAAUGACGAAAUCGAGGGUGUUCUCAAGGGAAAAAAUGAGAUGAAAAGUGAAGGCUUUGGUAAUCAAUCUACUGGUGCUAGAAAGCAGGAUCUUGAUAACCACUAUCCCAUGCAAAAACCAACAUUCUCAGAGUUUCAAAAGAGAAAAGACAAAGAAUCUUCAGAGGAUUUCACCGUGGUGUCUAAAGAAGAAUCAGAGAGUGAGGUUGAAAAUUUUCAAUUAAACUCAUAUCAAGAGGCUGUGAACAAGUGCGCAACUGAUGCCGAGUCUGACUCCAACGAGGUUGAUAAGAAGGCUGGUGAGUUUAUAGCCAGAUUUAGAGAGCAGAUUAGGCUUCAGAAAAUGGCAUCAAUAGACAGAUCAAAAGGGCGUAACUAUUUUAGGUGACUAUAUGCUUAUGCUUCUUUAUAAAUUUCUAACGAAGUGGAUAGGUUGAUCCUCCAGGUUUCCAUACAUUUAUUUAUUUUUAUCUCCUUUUGUGAUUAGUUAUGUUCUCAUCUAUACUAUUAGAUGGAAGUUUGUUUCCUCUGCAUCCACCAAAUCCAUAGGAGAACCGAAAAUACUUUUCUCAAUUCUCCUAUGAAUCAGAUGAUGAUGCUUUAUUUUAUUUCUUUUCAA